UGCUUCUGCAUGACGGACAAGAACUUGACGAUGACCUUGGAAGAAGGGCGGAUCAAGACUUGACGCUUGCCCUUCUUCUCGGCAUUGACGAUGCUCUUCAGGCAGUCGUUGAGGACGGAAAUGCGGACCAUUUUGUCGGUUUAGUCUGAGCGCACAAAAGAAACGAAAAAAGAUUAACACUAAGCCCAACGCUCGCAUCCAACCAACACAAGCAGACGAAAAGGAAAGGAGCCCAGAUAGGAGUGUCACUGCGUGCGCCCAACCACCCAGGGAUGGGAGAAAAUGUGCACAUAGCGAUUCCUAUAGGCUUCCCAGGUAUUUUAAAGACCGGUGGGAGCUGCCCAUCAUGAGUGUCACGGUUCCCCGAGAGUACACCCGUACUCUCGGGAGUGAUUCAUGGAGCAGUUUUCGAUGUUCGAGGUGCAGCGUUCGUUGGACGUCGGAAAGAAUGGCGAGACUUCGUUUGCGUACAUUUGAAUUGUCGAAACUCCCAAGUGUUUGUCGCUACUCGGUUCGCCUACUAUUCGCUAGUAGUCCUUUCGCCUUCCAGACUGCUCUCAUGCUCACUCAGGUGAUCUCAAUGACUUCAGGAUAUCGCUAUAACUGUCGUGCAAAGGGGCAUCACAUGUGGCCGACCACCUCGAGACGAGAUGAGCCGACCCCAUGGUUCCCACAUUUUCCCCAUCACUCUCCGGCCGCAAAUGGAUGGAUGGAUGGCUUGCCUAUCGGAUGCUCGGGCGUCGUUGCGUAUACACACCUGUCGACGGAUGGAUGGAUGGAAGUAUGGCCGUUGCAAGAGGAUGCGAAAGGGAUGGAUGGAUGGAUGGCGAGCCCAUAUGCUCAGUCGGCGGGUUUAUUUCUUGUUCACGUGCGUCAUUAACCGUAGUUUAAUGGGCAGCAUUUUGUUUUGCUCUCUCG